AUAACAGAAUCUGCAAGCAACAAACAAGCAAAGUACUCUUCUGUGAAAACUCCACAUCAAAUCAACUUCAUAUCAACAUGUUCAAAUUGAUUGCUUUAUUCUCUGCACUGUUUGCUGUAUCAUCAGCCGGCUACAUUGGCGGUGGUUAUGGACUUGGCGGUGGUUAUGGACUUGGCUAUAGCGGCCUACAUGCACCAGCAUUGAGCUACCAUGCACCAGCUGUGGUUUCGGCACCAAUUGUUAAAACUUAUGCCGCUCCCGUUGUAGCUGCACCAAUUGUUAAGACAAUUGCUCCCUUAGCGACUUCAUAUGCCAACACAUAUAAAGUAGCCACCAAAUCAGUACCAAUAGUACAUGCCGCUCCAGCUGUUGCCGUACAUGCUGCGCCAGCCGUUUAUGCUGCCCCUGCUAUUCACACCUCAUCCAGCUAUCAUGGCUUGGGACAUGGUUUAGGUUUAGGCUACGGCUAUGGCGGUUAUGGAGGUUAUGGUGGUUAUGGCAGUUACGGUAUUAGCAGCUUGGGUUAUGGACAUGGUUACGGUCACUCUUUGUUACAUUAAAUUGUUGUCUAAAUGGAACGUUAACUGCCGCAUGCUAAGACCGAUUUGUAUAUAUAUAUAUGUUUUUGUAAUGCCUCCGAACGUAUUAUUAUCAUUUUUAUACACAAAAAAUAAUCAUUAACCACUGCCAUUUUUAAGUCGUACAUCGUAAAUUUAACAACGCAUGGAACAUCCAGUUUAUCGCGAUAUUUUUGUAUUAAAGCUGCAGUCAUAAAAGUUUAAGAAGGAAAGAGUGUUAUUUUAAUACUUUUUUGUAUUAUAAAAAAUGUUGAUAUGAGAAAA